CGGAGCGGAGCGGCGGCAGCGGCGGCGGCGGCGGCGGCGCGGCGCAGGGCAGGGCGCGGGGCGGCAUGGCCACCACCGCGCAGUACCUGCCGCGGGGCCCCGGAGGCGGAACCGGGGGCACCGGGCCGCUCAUGCACCCGGACGCCGCGGCGGCAGCGGCGGCGGCGGCGGCCGCCGAGCGGCUGCACGCGGGGGCCGCGUACCGCGAAGUGCAGAAGCUGAUGCACCACGAGUGGCUGGGCGCGGGCGCGGGCCACCCCGUGGGCCUAGCGCACCCUCAGUGGCUACCCACGGGAGGAGGCGGCGGUGGCGACUGGGCCGGCGGCCCGCACCUGGAACACGGCAAGGCGGGCGGCGGCGGCACCGGCCGAGCAGACGACGGCGGCGGUGGCGGCGGCGGAGGAGGAGGUUUCCACGCGCGCCUGGUGCACCAGGGGGCGGCCCACGCGGGCGCGGCAUGGGCGCAGGGCGGCGCGGCGCACCACUUGGGCCCGUCCAUGUCGCCGUCGCCCGGGGCCGGCGGGGGUCACCAGCCCCAGCCGCUCGGGCUGUACGCACAGGCGGCCUACCCGGGGGGCGGCGGCGGCGGCCUGGCCGGGAUGCUGGCGGCGGGCGGUGGCGGCGCGGGGCCGGGCCUGCACCACGCGCUGCACGAGGACGGCCACGAGGCUCAACUGGAGCCGUCGCCGCCGCCGCACCUGGGCGCACACGGACACGCACACGGACACGCACACGCAGGCGGCCUGCACGCGGCGGCGGCGCACCUGCACCCAGGCACGGGCGGCGGCUCGUCGGUGGGCGAGCACUCGGACGAGGAUGCGCCCAGCUCGGACGACCUGGAGCAGUUUGCCAAGCAGUUCAAGCAGCGGCGCAUCAAGCUGGGCUUCACGCAGGCCGACGUGGGGCUGGCGCUGGGCACGCUGUACGGUAACGUGUUCUCGCAGACCACCAUCUGCCGCUUCGAGGCCCUGCAGCUGAGCUUCAAGAACAUGUGCAAGCUCAAGCCGCUGCUCAACAAGUGGCUGGAGGAGACCGACUCGUCCAGCGGCAGCCCCACCAACCUGGACAAGAUCGCGGCGCAGGGCCGCAAACGCAAGAAGCGUACGUCCAUCGAGGUGGGGGUCAAAGGCGCCCUGGAGAGCCACUUUCUCAAGUGCCCCAAGCCCUCGGCGCACGAGAUCACGGGCCUGGCCGACAGCCUGCAGCUGGAGAAGGAGGUGGUGCGCGUCUGGUUCUGCAACCGGCGGCAGAAGGAGAAGCGCAUGACCCCCGCAGCCGGCGCGGGCCACCCGCCCAUGGACGACGUUUACGCGCCCGGGGAGCUGGGGCCGGGCGGGGGCGGUGCGUCGCCGCCCUCGGCGCCCCCGCCGCCCCCGCCGGCAGCGCUGCACCACCAUCACCACCACACACUGCCCGGCUCGGUGCAGUGACCCCCGCGGGCUGGGCCCCCCGCCGACGCGUGCGCGCCUGAGCGCGAGCGCGGCCGACCGGAUUCUUUUUGUUGUUGCUGUUUCGGUUGCUUUUGGAUUUUACAA